CUCUCUGCUCGUCGGUCACGAUGUCCGUCCUGGCUCAUCUGCUGCGCCCAGCAGCAGGUGCCCGCAGGGCGUACUCUGUAUUCUCCAAGCCUGGGGGCGGUGGAUACUUCAAUUCGUCCAGGUCUCCCAAAGUUGCACCUCCAUCCAGCAAGGCCAAGGUCGACUCAUCGUCCUCUACUAAUGCUGAUACGACCUCGCCCUCGACGAAGGAGGACACCCCGUCGAUGACCGCCGGAUCUUCACCCAGCGGAGAGACAAUGCACGCACCAUCCUCAUACACCUACACGACCAGCUCUUCGUUCUCCCCCGUGCACCCCCGUAUCAGCUCUCAGGACCUCAAACUGCACGAAUUCUUUUCGCUCCACCGACCAUUGCUGACGAUCUCGCAACCUCCGUCAUCGCUCUUCGAGUCCUAUUCUUCGGUCUUCCCGAUGCACCCCACCAAUCCGCCGCCCGAGACGGCCAAUUUUAGUAGUAUGGAAGGGGAGAGCAUGGAGGCCUCCCCAGAAGCCGAUGCUGACGCCGCACGGCAACUCGCACGAGCGAUGGUCGUGAAUCGGAUUGGAGCUUCCAUUGCCUGGGAAGAGGCUCUCAAGCGGCUAGGCCUCGAUGUGACAUCUGGACGGGCGGAGGAGGUCAGUCUGGCAGAGGCGGAGUUUGAGAUGUACAUGGAUAGCACCAAGAGGAAGCGGCGAAAGAAGAUGAAGAAGCAUAAGCUCAAGAAGCGGAGACGCCUGAACCGCUCUCAGCGAGUGAAGAUUGGCCGUUGACCGUAGAGAACGCAGCAUGUCUCAUGUCCCUGUUGGACUCUCCCGAGCAUCUCGAGCUGUACUUCUGCAUAGAGCCUAUAAUCUACUGCUGAUUCUUC